AUGGGUAGUUUGCCAAACUUACAUGAACUGGAGCAUUUGGAGCGCAAACGCGAAAAACGGCGUGAGCGUGAAAUGCGUGAGAGAUUGGCACGUGAGGCCAGUCGGGAGAGGGAACGUAUGCAGCAGAGAAAGCACUCAUCUUACAAUCCAUAUCUCAUGGCUGGUCUGGGUAUGGGCGGUAGCAUGGCUCCAUAUAAUACAGCAAUAGCAACUGGUGGUGGUGCUGCUGCUGCGGCAAGUGGUGGCCUGCCAGUUGGUGGAGCAGCAUUGCUCAGUUAUGGCUUGGGCACUGGACACAAACACCAUGGACACCAACAUCCCCAUCAUUAUCGUCAUUCAUUGACCAACCGACAUCGUGUAUUGCGUACACGAAGUUCGGGUGCAACACACAACGUAUGGGAUGAUCAGGUUCUGGAGCACCUGCCAGCCUAUUCACCCAUCUCGACCAGGUCACACCGUGUCAAUCCUGUAUCGUCAUAUCAUGUACAAGCCGCUUUGGCUGCAUCACGUCGACGCGAAUCAAUAAACAGCUCCAUAGGUGCCACAUCUAUACGACGCCUGAUUUCUCUCAAUAAUCGCAAUUGUCGUUAUAAAGUGCCGGCCCACAUUCGACAGAAGGUGACAAAAUGUUUUACCCUCCUGGCAUUGGCCCAUGGUCUAAUGUGUGCUGUACUCGUGCCGAUAUUUGCCCUGCAAGGUUCCAAUUCCGUAUGGCAUCAUCGUGAACAAUGGCUGCAAAUUGGACCAAAUAUUGGAUCGCUACUCCUCAGUAUCUGCUUGUUCAUAUCGGCGGGUAUGUCUUUGGUGACGCCAAAACUUAUUCGCAAAUUUGGCUAUACCGUGUUAAUGGGUGUCAAUUCAGUGGCUGUGUGUUUAUUUUUAAUAUGUCAUCUGUAUCCAUCGAUAUACACAUUACUGCCGGCCUAUAUGAUACUGGGGCUAACCCAUAGUCCAUCGUGGAUAAGUAAAAUAGCUGUUGUAGUGCAUUUUGGUAGCAAGCUUAGUUGUUCACAACAUGAGUGUACGUUGAUGUCGUCACACGCCCUUGAUUCAUGGGAGGAACAUAAGUUGUCGUGUAAUCGUGAUCAGAAAGUACGUAGACUGGGACGUUGGUUCCAGGCCUCAAAGGAUAUUGGUAUAAUAUUGGGCGCCAUUAUUGCAUCAAUGGUUUUGUCGUGUACCUCACCAAAUAACACCUUGCCUCAAGCCCAGGCUGUACAAUUCUAUAUACCCAGUACACCCUAUGUCUGGAGUCGUGGUUCACCAUAUAAAAGUGAAUAUUACAAUUUGGAUGAACAUGGUAGCCGCAUAUGUGGUGCCGAUAUGUGUCCCCUAUGGCAAUUUGAUGCAGCCGCUGAAGAUGAUGAAAUUAAUGAAACCAUUUUUUCACCAUUUAUAAGAGAGAAACCGAGGGCAGGAUCAUCGACUUUGAUUGGGAUCUAUCUGAUAUUUGCCUUGAUUUCAAUCAUACUUUUAGUAUUGGCUGGCAAGGUGCAUGCCACAUUUCGCCAUGAACGUAUUAAGGGUAUGACAGAUACCUUGCUGUUUGCUGGGCCAUUGGCGUAUUUUAUUGGCACCGAACAGGCAUAUAUUCUGAGUGAUUUUUUGACGGCCUUUGUAUCCUGCUCGCUGGGUAUUAGCAUGGUAGCUGGCGCCAUUAUUGGUAUGGGUGUAAUGCAACUGAUUGUCUCCUGCACCUUGAGCAUGCUAUUGCGGCAUACGAAGCGCAUUGUGGUUAUAUUGGCUGGUUUCUUUUUCCAUUCCUGCCUGCUGUUGGCUCUCUCAACCUGGAAACCAUCGAGUGAUGAUAGUGCCCUGUUCUAUGUCCUGGCCGCCUCCUGGGGUGCAUGCAAUGGCAUGUGGGAAACCCUAUUACUUGCAUUGGUUACCCUUAACCAUACCAAUCAUGUGGUGGAAGUAACAUCUCCAUUGCAAGCUCUACGUUUUUUGGGCCUCGGCAUAACAUUUGCCGCCCACGGUUAUAUGUGUGAAACACCGAAAAUUAUAUCCCUAGUCAUAAUGCUUGUGGUAAGCGUACUGCCCUACGCAAUGCUUGAGAUUCGACUGGAGUCACAACGUAAAGCCCAAUUGAUCUCAUUAUGACGUAGUCUAUUCACAUAGUCUCGGAGGCAUAGUGUGAUGGCUCGUACACACACCAUGUGAUUGGAG